AUGACCACUGACAAGCCGCUGUCGACGUCGUCGCCGGAGGCUGUUGUUGCUGCGGCGAUGGUGACGCCGCAGCUGCUGUCGGAGCUGCUGGCGCGGUCGGGCCCGCUCGCGAUAAGACACAUCACGCACGCGCUCACGGACCAGAUCCCGGACUUCAGCAAGCUGUCGUCCUCGAAGCAGCGGCGGCUGAUCAUGGGGGCCAUGGACGCGGGGGACCGCCGCAACAGCGUCGUGUUCGAGAAGAUCGGGUGGGGCCAGUGGACCGUGAAGCCCGUGCUCCCGGACCAGGACUUCGACCUGGUGCUCAGGGAGACAAACAUAAGCAACGCUAAGGUCAAGGAUAUCGUGUCCCAGGAGUCCCAGCGCCGCCGCAACAGCAAGAAACUCGCCACCACAGGAACCACUGGAACCACUGGAACCACAGGAACAGCAGCUGCCACCGCCGUUACCCCUGGCGCCGCACCGGCACCCGCAAAACACUCAGAAACUACAAACAUAAACUCUGCAAAUGUAUCGCCAAAGGCACAACACGCACAGCCUGCACAGCCGAGAGCUACAGUGUACCUCGACGAGAACGCAGUGGACUCCGAUGACGACGAGGACCCACACGCCGACCUGCUCCUAUCAGACCACAAGCAACACAAACCCACAGCGACGACGUUCUUGAACCCCGAGCGCAGAAGGUCCACCGUGCUGAUGGCAGAGCACUCUCCGGAAACAAGCCUCGAGUUCGAGUUGCUAGCACAGAAGGUGAGACCCAUAAUCAAGGGCAGGCGGAGGUCGAGCGUGAAAGCCCACUCGCCCUUCGUGAUCAAACCCUCUGCUGCCCAGACGCACCAGGACGCAACCUCGGUGUUCCGCCACAACAAUAACUCCACUUCGGCAAUUGCCUACCAAACUUCCGUUUCGGGGCCAGGGGCCGCCGUACCAACGGGAAACAACACGGGCAACGGCAAGAUAGACCUGGACACUACGCCAAACAGCGAACCCACCUCUAGAAGAGCGUCACGUUUGUCCUCUUCAAAGGAGUCAAGCAUUAGAUCAACCCUGUUCCCAAACAAAAACUAUAGAUGGAUUGCUAAAAAUCCAGGGCUGGCCCACUCUACCAAUAGUAUAAACAAACAACCACAGGAUCACUUCAAAAUAAAUCACUAUGAUAUCGCUACAGUGGACAAUGUCCUAAACGACCACCAUUCCGAAACGGAUGAAGAAGAUUGGGCAUCGAUUGGCGCAGCAUCCUUGCGAAGAAGCAGCGCUAUCUCGUCAUCUGUUAACCUGGUUAACAACUCACCGUCUCCACAAUCUGAUGACUCAAUUAAACAUGAGUCUUUACACUCUAAUGACCCAAGAAUUACGCCGACAAAACCCGCUGAGGAUAAAAGCGCGGCCUAUUUGCUAAUGAGCUUGAAAUCCUAA